AUGUUGAGUUGUUCGUCGGCGUUCCAAAGAGUAGCCUUUAUGCUUAUGGCUCCCAAAUUAAAACCUCAGAAACUCCAUCAAAUUGCAGAGACUGGGGCUGAGCAAUUGGUUAAGAAAGCUAGGACGAUGAGUACCCAAUCCUCCAUGAAAGAUGCUUUCUCUACAUACGCUGAUUAUCUCAAUAACUUCAAUGAGAAGCGGGAAAGAGUGGUGAAGGCAAGUCGUGAUAUCACAAUGAACAGUAAAAAAGUCAUCUUUCAGGUUCACAGACUCAGUAAGGACAACAAAGAGGAGGUUUUGGAGAAAGCAGGGAAAGAUUUAGAAGCAGUGAGAGAGCAACAUUUUGCACGGCUAAUGAAAGAGCUUCAAGGGACUGAUUUUUGGAAGCUGAGACGAGCUUUUUCCCCAGGGGUGCAGGAAUAUGUUGAAGCUGCAACGUUUUAUAACUUCUGUUUGUCCGGGACGCUCUCUACUCUCGAUGAGAUAAACGCAACGCUUUUACCGCUUAGUGAACCUUCUAUGGAGCCGCUGCAGAUCAAUAUCCUUGACUACAUUCUUGGGCUUGCGGAUUUGACUGGAGAGCUAAUGAGGAUGGCGAUUGGUAGAAUAUCAGACGGUGAGAUCGAAUUCGCGCAGCGGAUUUGCCAGUUUGUUAGACAGAUCCAUAGGGAGCUAAUGCUGGUCGUGCCAAAGAUGGAUGACAGUUACGACAUGAAAUCCAAGAUGGAAGUGAUGCUUCAAAGUGUGAUCAAAAUAGAGAAUGCUUGCUUUAGCGUUCAUGUGAGAGGAUCAGAGUAUAUUCCACUGCUUGGAGAUGAUGCACCAACAUCAUACUUGUUUGGAGGUGCCGAUCUUGAAUGA